AUGCCUGAGGCCUGGGGCCUCGGCGGAUACAAAGGUUACUGGCACGGGCGCGAUGGAAGGUCCUCCUGGUGCCAGGAUCAAGGUGUCUGGCAGAGCUGGAAUGAGUGGUCCAGCAAGGAAGAGGACCGAGGUGCAUGGCACGCCAGUGGCAAAGACUGGUACGUGGAGAGAUCCUCGCAAAGCAGUCAGGAUGAAGGGCCAACGCAACAAACAAUGCCGCGCGAACUGAAGCCGGAAGGCAACCCUCGCAAGCCUCGUGCGAGCGUGAAGUCUCGGCUCUUCGCCACCGCUUUGGCAGCCACCGUCCAACCUUCGAGGUGCCGCCGGCCACAACCCUUGGAGCAGUCGCAGUCGGAGCCGGCUGUGGAAGUUGAGGAGAAGGAGGAGCCGGCGGAGAAGGCAAAGCCAGAGCCCAAGGAGGCAGCGGCCAAGGCAGAGCCCGUGCAAGCAGUGGAGGUCCAGCCAAAGCGCUGGGCACCCUGCCCGAAAGAGAGCGAUGCGACAAUGUUUUACGGGAUGGGUCGCGUGGACCCGUUUGCAGUGGGCUAUGCCUGUCGAGCCAUCCCGGACAAACAGCCGGAGGGGCGGAAUGUCAACAAGCCCCUGAGCAGAGUGUGGCAAAAGGUUAAGGUGAACCAGUGCGAGGGAAUCUGCUACCUCGGCUACGAGCACCCCAUUGAGGUAUUUCGAGCCAUGUCCGCCGAGGGUCAGGGACAGGAGCAGCUUUUCACCACGAAAGGGUGGAAGCUGCAACUCCUCCAGGCGGCGGCGCUCGCCAGGUAUCCGAACAAGGCCAUUAUCCAGCCGAAGUUUGUGCUGGAAAAAGCGGACAUCGACGCCAUUCUGGCAGACACCGAAAUCCCCGAGGAUUUCAACACAGUGCACAUCGUUAGCGAGGAUGGCGUCCAGCCCUUUAUGGACGCCCUUUAA